ACGACAUUCAACGACAAAUGGCUUCCAGGAUCGCUGCCGGUUCCCUGAGGGCGUCAGCCUCAAGACUUCGACCCCAGGCGGUCUCUGCCAUUCCUCGGGCUCUGGCUGCCCGAGGAAUGUCCACCAAUAACCCACCCCCUCCGGCGGAGCGUGCGUCCGAACUCAUUAACAAGCUCCCUUCGUCCCCCGGCCUCGUCACCAAGACUGGCAGCGUCAUUCUUGGUACUGGUCUUCUCGCCACCGCAAUCUCUCAGGAGCUUUACGUUGUGAAUGAGGAGACCGUGAUUGCCGUUGGUUUCGUGAUCCUUGCUACUUUCAUUGCCAAGAGCAUCCGAGAGCCAUACCGCGAUUGGGCUGAGGGUCAUAUCCAAAGGAUCAAGAGUGUCCUUGCCAACUCCAGAACAGAACAUACUCAGGCUGUCAAAGACCGUAUUCACUCUGUCGAGCAGAUGAAGGAUGUCGUAUCUAUCACCAAGGACCUCUUUGCACUUUCCAAGGAGACCGCCCGUCUCGAGAAUGAGGCUUUCGUUCAGCAGCAGAAGGUCGCUCUCGCCUCCGAAGUCAAGGCUGUUCUCGACAGCUGGGUUCGCUUCGAGCAGCAGGCCAAGGAGAACGAACAGACUCAGCUUGUCAAGACCGUCAUUGAUAACGUGCUCAAGAGUAUCCGAGAUGAGAAGACUCAAAAAGAUAUCCUUUCUGGCGCUGUCGCGGAGGUUGAGCAACUUGUCAAGAGCAAGGCGAUCUAGAUAACACUUUACAAUACUGUUCACCGUGAAUAAAGUUAACUUCUUUUGCUGCUCACGCUCUGCUCUGCCGCUUAGCAUCUUUGAUCCCUCUGCCAUGCAUAUCAUGCAUGUUCUGUCUUUCUUUUCCAAUUUACUCCUCUAGCCUCAUGUUGGCACUUAAUUAAGUGGCUAACUGCUGUAGUCGACGACGCGUCUGUAGUGGGUAUAGGUGGCUUUUAAACCGUCGAGCCAGUUGACUCCCGGACUUUAUUCUCUUCUGGACAACACCAGUACAAUCUGUUGUAUUCCUUUGCACUCAAAUGUGCAGACUGAUGAUGCAUGCAAGCAGUAUUG